CCCGUAGUAUUUAGGAACAUCUUAAUCAGCUGCGUCGCUGAGCACUCCUUUUUGUAACUAUCAGUAAGAACCUUCAAAAUACGGCCUAGUUUACAGAUAUGUCGGCUGACCAACUGAGAGAAGACAUCAACAGGAACCUCCGUCGCACCUUCAAAUCCCAUUGUCAAAAGCAUGCGCGCAACAACUUUCCGUGACACCUGGGCAGCUUGUUCGUCACUAAAUCCCAUCUUCUCAGCUAUUCAACGGAGGCACGCUAGAGUCUCCACUGGUGACAUGGUCUCUGUUAGCAGAUUUGUUCCUCCUGAAAAUUUUGAGCUGGCUAUGCUGACUCUUGAGUUAGAGUUUGUUAAGAAAGGGACUAAAAGCGAGCAGGUUGAUGCUGCUCUCCUUUCGACCCAACUUAAGCGGAAAUACAUCAACCAGGUCCUGACUGUUGGCCAGAAAGCAACAUUUGAGUAUCAUGGAACUAAUUACAUUCUUACGGUCAAUCGAGGGGAUGUAGAGGGUCAGAAUCAAUCUAAUGGCAUCGAAAGAGGGAUGCUUUCUCAAGAUACAUAUAUUGUGUUUGAAGCAUCAAACGCCAGUGGCAUAAAGAUUGUUAACCAACGGGAAGCUGCUAGCAGCAAUAUAUUUAAACAUAAGGAAUUUAACCUAGGGUCUCUAGGCAUAGGAGGUCUGGGUGCGGAGUUUGCUGACAUAUUUAGAAGAGCCUUUGCUUCUCGUGUAUUUCCUCCUCAUGUCACAAGCAGACUGGGAAUUAAGCAUGUUAAAGGGAUGCUUCUGUUUGGACCUCCUGGUACUGGCAAAACACUUAUGGCGCGGCAAAUUGGAAAGAUGUUGAAUGGAAAAGAUCCAAAGAUCGUUAAUGGUCCUGAAGUGCUGAGCAAAUUUGUUGGUGAGACGGAAAAAAAUGUAAGAGACUUAUUUGCUGAUGCUGAGCAAGACCAGAGGACCCUUGGUGAUGCUAGUGAGUUACAUGUCAUCAAUUUUGAUGAAAUUGAUGCUAUCUGUAAGAUCCCGCGCUCGUCUCCUGUCGUCCCAAGCUCGUCAAUGGUGGCUCCAAUUUCAUUGCUGGAGAUCCCAAACUUGUCUGAUGUUCCGAGCUCAUUUGAUGCUCUGAGUUUGUUAAUGGCGGCUUCGAGUUCGUGCUUGUUCGGAUUCUUCGUUGGUGAAGGAGUGUGGUUGAGAUGCGCUGGUUUCGAUUGUGGGCCGAGCUAG